UAAGCUGUCAAAGAAACAAAAUGUCUAAAUUAUAUGCUCACAAUUAUGAGAAUGCUAGACGUCUGGUGUCCAGUACAGUGGAGAGUCUAACCGGGAAGUUUUUCCCAAGUGUCUCGUUUGAUCAGCUUGGGGAAAAUUCUUAUGGUAACGAGGUCGUUUCAAGCUUACCUCUUCAAAUGGUACUUUACUUCUCCGCCCUUUUCUUCCCGUUUUGGUUAACGUCUUCAAUGAUCAUGGUGACAUUGAAGUUUCAGUACGUGUCCAACUUAUAUCAGUUUGUACUGGUUGCCAUAUAUGUGGCAGUUCCUCUGAUUGAGGUCAUUCGCCUGUAUAUAGGACAUAUUGGAAAUCUAGAAGAAAAGGUCCCAGAAUUGGCAGGCAGCUGGCUCCUCACUCUCCUUUUGCAACUCCCUCUCCUCAUUUUUCUGCUGGUUGUUCCGGGAAUUUGGCCUCUGCCUAUGGACUACGCAGUCAACUUGAUUUUCCUUAUAUUCAUAGUACUGCAUCUCCUCUUUGGAUAUCAUGCAAUAAAUACAACAGCUGCUCAUCAAACUAGGUUAUAUCACAUGUACAUGGUGAUGAGGCAGAACCAAGAUGAAUGAAUGGAGGAAUUAUAUAAUGUCAUAUUUG